AUCUAUGGGUCUACGCCUUGGGUCUACCUGUUUCUGAUAGGUAUCUUGCAUUUCUCUGUCAUGUGAGUGCUCAAACUGAAACCGGUUUUGGUUUACAGAAGAGCCAACUAGCAGCUGGCACAUGUUGGUCUCCCAUGAUGGCAAUCUUGUGGCAGUUGCUUGUCAUCAUUCUAAUUUCCAACUGCCAUCUAGUUUUUGGAGAUGCUCAAGACAGGUGCAUCCUGGAUCUGCAAUUAACCAGCAUUAAUAAGUCAUAUGAUCUGAUAAGUGCCGCGCUCGGCCCGGUGUCGGUGUCGGCCCGGUGGUCGGGCCGCCCGGUGGUGGCCGCCGUUCAGCUGUGCGCCGCCGGCCCGUGCGCCGCUCCGUCGGCGGCCUGUGUCACCUCCGGCGAUGGACAGCCUCUGGUGGCGGACGCCGGCCGGCUCACCAACAGCACCGCUCUGGUGGUGAAGGACAGCUCUCAGCUGCAGCUGGACCUGGCGCCCGGCCAGCCGUGCAGCAGCCAAGGGCGCAACACCACCUUUAACACGACGGUGUUGUUUGUCUGCGAUCCGUCGGACCAGGAGUCUGAGCGGCAACGUCCGCUGGCCGUGUUUGGGGACUGCUCUCUGACCGUCAUCUGGUACACGGCGGGCGCGUGCGGCCGACCGGCCGCCGCGCCGGCCGCCUGUCCGCUGCUCGCCUACGGGCCGCUGCGCUCCCGGCCGGGCCUGGCCGGCCUGGCGUCCGCUCGCUGGAGCGCCGUCGGCGCCGGCGUGUCGGUGCAGGCGCGGCUGUGCGGCGGCGGGGACGGGCCGUGCGCCGGCGCGCCCCUCUGUGUCACCGCCGGCGGCCGCGCGCAGGCUGUGGGCUCCGCCGACCGGCCGCCGCGGCUGGCGACCACCGCCAACGGUAGCGUCACGCUCACCUACGGGCCGUCCGACGGAGAGCGGGCCGAGGUGGCGCUGCGCUGUCGGGAGGAGGCCGGCGCCGGGCGGCUGCUGGUCGUCGGCCACCGCCAGCCGCGGCUGCUGCAGCUCGCGCUGGAGACGGCCGUGGUCUGCCCCGUCCGCCGUGUCGACUGCCGGGUGACCGCGGAAGACGGUACCGUCCGCGACCUGAGCGCGCUCUCUCUGGAGACGGGCGCGUGGGAGACAGCUGACCGGGCCGCCGGACGCGCCGGCGACCGCUUCUUCAUCAACAUGUGCCGCGCGCUGGGCGGCGACAGCGGCGCGGCGCUGUGCGGAGGCGUGGCCGGCACCGCGGUUUGUUUGCGCGCGGAGACGGGCGACCCGGUCAGCCUGGGCGCCGUGGCCGGACCGCCCUCUCGGAUGGCCGACGGCUCGAUAUCCAUCGUGUACUCCAACGGCUCCCCGUGCGGUGGCGACCGGUACAGCUCCGAGCUGCAGCUGGUCUGCGGCCCGCUCAGGGACGGCGCGCCGCUGCUGCUCGGCCGCGCCCACUGCCGCUUCACCUUCCUCUGGGAGACGGUGGUCGCCUGCGGACGCCAGGAGAGCUCCGGCGGCCGGUGCGCGGUGGUGGAGCCGCUGUACGGACACCGGCUGGACGUCAGCGCGCUGCGCCGGCCCGACUCGGACUACGCGCUGCCGCUGGACGGCGGCGGCACGCUCUACCUGAACCUCUGCGGCCCGCUGGUGCGCCGCUGCGCCGGCGCCGCCGGACAGGGCGCCUGUCUGCUGCACGCCAACGGCACCGAGCUCUCCUACGGCGGCGCCAGCUCCCGGCUGUGGCACUCGGACGGCGUGCUCUCGCUGCGGCUGACGGGCGGCGCGCGCUGCGGUCCGUCCGCCAACCACUCGACUCGCGUGGUGUUCACGUGUGACCAGCGGGCGCCGGCGGCCGCCGAGCCGGGCCUGGUGCACCUGGGCUGCACCUCGUUUGUGGUGGUGCCGACCCGCCUGGCGUGUCCGCCGCGCCGCGCCGCCGACUGCCGCACGCCGGACGGCCGGUUCGACCUGAGCGCUCUGACGGCGCUCACCGGCAACCACGAGUACCGCGAGCCGGGCGCCACCUACGUGCUGAACGUGUGCCACUCGGUGAACCCCGAGCAGGGCGUCAACUGCCCGCCGGACGCGGCCGUCUGCCUGGUGCGGCCCGCCGGCAACGGCACAGGGCGCAGCUACACGAGCCUGGGCGCCGUGUCGGCCGGCCCGACCGUGGACGGCGACCGCCUGCUGCUGCGCUACUCGACCGGACAGCGGUGCGACGGCGACCCGGCGCGACGGCUGCGCGCCGCCGAGAUCCGCUUCAGCUGCGACCCGACCGCGCAGGGCACCCAGCCGCGGCUGGUCUCCACGGACGACUGUGUGUUCCGGUUCGCCUGGACGACGGCCAGCGCCUGCCCGCUGCAGCAGACGCGGGGAGCGGCCAACUGCUCCGUGGAGAACCCACAGACCGGCUUCAGGUUCGACCUGUCGCCGCUGGCGCGGCCCGGUGGCUACUCUGCCUCGCUGCGGGACAACCAGUACCGGCUGAAUGUGUGCUCCCCGCUGCCGGCGACGGCUGGCUGCCCGGCCGGAACGGGAAUAUGUAAGACCGCCGCCGCCAGCCCGGCCGGCAGUGUCAGUGUGGGCGCGGCGAGUGGGAACCUGGUGUACGACGCCGGCGUCCUGCUGCUCUCCUACGGUGAAGGUGCGCCGUGCGAUGGAGGCGGCCGUUACAGCACCGUGAUCAGCUUCUUCUGCGGCCCGGACGGCGAGCCGUCGACGGCGCACGUGGUGGAGGACGACCGGUGCGCCGUCACCGUCCACUGGCCCACCCAGCUGGCCUGCGAGACCCGGGUGGAGUGCGCCGUGGACACGCCGGACGGCCUGGUGGACCUGCGCGCGCUGGCGGCACUGGGUGGCGCGUCCCCCGAUCCGCGCGCACGACCGGCCGGCAGCGACGACCAGACCUACCGUGUCGGUGUGUGUCGACCUCUGGCGCCGGCCGCCGGGCGGGCCUGUCCGGCCGGCAGCGCCGCCUGCCGCUCCAGCGGCUCACAGCACCAGGGCUUGGGUCACGUGGUAUCUCCGCCGCGGUUCAGCACCGACCACGUGACGCUGACGUACGAGCACGGGUCGCCGUGCGCCGGGCAGCCGGGCCGCAACUUGUCCACAGAACUGCAGCUCUACUGUAACGCCUCGCAGCCGGCCACGGAGAGCCGCCCGGAGUGGCCGCUCUACGCCGACUGCCGGUACACGUUCCGUUGGCGCUCGGCGGCCGCGUGUCCUCUGUCGCCGGCCAGUGGGCGUGCCCGGCGCCAGUGUCUGGUCGGCCGGCCCGACGGCACCGUCCUCGACCUCAGCACGCUGACGGCCCAACAGUCGGAACAGGUGCAGUUCGCCGGCCGGACGGUGCGUCUGCGGCCCUGCCACGCCGACCCCCGCUGCGCCGGCGCCGUCUGCGUGGACAACUCCAGCUUCGGCGACGAGGCCAGCUUCAGCGUCAGCGAGUCGGACGACGGGGCCGUAACGCUGGAGUACAGCACGGACGCCGCCUGCGCGCCACAGGAUGGCGGCCCGACGACCCGCGGCGCCACGCUGCGGCUGACCUGUGACCGGACGCUGGGCAGGGGCUCGCCAGUCGUCACUCGGCUGACGCCGUGUCACGUGACGGCGGAGUGGCGCUCGGCGGCGGUGUGCGUCCCGGGGGACGCUCCGGUGGCCUCCGGUCCGCCGCCGGUCCGCGGAACAGGACACGCUGUGGCCUGGCUGACGGUGGCCGCCGUGGCCGGCGCGCUGGUGGCCUUCCUGUUGGCGCGCAGUCGGUGGCGCGGCUGUGCCUCCUGCGCGUGCUGCCAGGUGUGGGGCGCGCUGAGGCGUCAGCUCCUGUCGCCGGGCACCCGCGCCUCGGCCCACUACCGGCCGGUGCGCGCCGAGGACCCGGACGACACGGAGACGGCGCUGCUGCUGGACGCGCCGCUGGAGGAGCAGCGCUCGCCGCGGCCGGCCGCGCGCCGCCGGCCGGCCGGCCACUCGCCGCCGCCGCCCGACAUGACCGACAUCUGCCUGGACCCGGCCUGCGACUCGGACGACGAGCUGCUGGUGGUCUAGCGGGCCGACGGAGCCGACGGACGGAGCGGCCGCGGCAGUCAGCGCCCCCGUCCCGCAGUGGGGCCGCGCGCGCGGUCCCCAGACGGCUGACACGCCCAGGGAGAGAAUUGGCUGUGGCCUAUCCAGUCGUGUAGCGCCGUGUGCUGUGUAAGCUUUGUCAGCAAGGACUGUAUGGUGUAGUCAAUGUGUCUGUUAUGUCCUUGAUAUAGCUGGUAUGUAUUUUAUGCGAUGGAUCUCUAUUUGUGUUUAAUCUUGUCGGAGUGAUUAUAUGUCAUUUGAUGUACCCUUUUGUGUCAUCCUGUAUUGUUUUUAUGCUUCCUUGUAGCUGUGUGAACUGAGCGAUUAUAGGAUGAAAGCUGUUUAUCGGUCGUUGUCUCUCCCGUGCUUUGUAUCAGUACCGUUUUAGAGUUUAGGUUGUAUCGCUCCGGGAGCCGCGGCCGGCCGUGUGCGCGGUACUGCCGGAGUGCCACCGGCCGGCGCCUCAGGUCGGUCCCCCCCCCCCCCUGCCGUCGGUGCGGCGCACAGUGCCGGCCGGAGCGGAACGCAGUCGUGUCGCCCCGUGUGUGGCGUGACGCCAGUAUAGCGCGGCGUAACGUGACGGCCGCCCAGCCGGGCGUUCCCCGCCACCCCCGGCCCGUGAGCUGGGACCCACCGGCCAGUCACCGGGGGGACGCCGUCAGACGCCGCUGUACCCGCGUGAGCAGAACACUAGUCCGAUUUUACUGCUGCGGCUGUUUGAAAUGGAAAUCCGGUUGCACUAGCAACACAGUAUGCUACUGUCUACAGAGUGCUUUUGCAAAGCCAUGCGUUAGGAUUUACUGGUUUUCGCUAAAAAGCUGUUAUUGGAGACGUUAUACUAACUCGCAUUAGAGACUGUAAAUAUAAGACUGACACGGCUCAUAUGCUCCCGCUUACUCCAGUAACGUCUGCCCGUACCGAGGCCUCAAUGUCGUGUGUUCGUUCUGCUGCUGCUCUCUGUCGCCCGCCGAGUGAAGGUCGCCAUUACCGACUGCGUCCCGCCGAGUGAAGGUCGCCAUCACCGACUGCGCAUGCUGAGGCUCGGGUGCUGCGGCAUCUCUGCUGCUCAGCAGUGAGAGACGUGCCGGUGUGCAGCUAUCAUAUGCCGCUGUAUAGCUGCCGUGUGCCGCUAUACAGCAGUCAUGUGGCGCUAUUCAGCUGCCGCAAGCCGCAGUGUAUAGCCGCUGUGUGCCGCUUUACAUCUGCCGUGUACCGCCGUGCAGCUGCCGUGUGCCGCUAUACAGCCGUCAUGUGGCGCUAUUCAGCUGCCGCAAGCCGCUGUAUAGCCGCUGUGUGCCGCUUUACAUCUGCCGUGUACCGCCGUGCAGCUGCCGUGUGCCGCUAUACAGCCGUCAUGUGGCGCUAUUCAGCUGCCGCAAGCCGCUGUGUGCCGCUUUACAUCUGCCGUGUGCCGCUAUACAGCUGCCGUAGGACCGGCUCAGCCACGGUGUGCCAAUGCUGCCCACCCGAUCCAACACGAGAGUGACCAUUCGCUACCAUUAUUUGUGCGAAAUAAAUCGAUCCGGGAACUU